UAUGGUGUUUAUAGAUCAAAUCGACCUAGUAUUGAUCGUAGCUUGAUCUCUUCACUAGUAGAGAGAUGGCGUCCUGAGACUCAUACGUUUCACUUUAGAACGGGUGAGGCGACAAUCACCUUGCAAGAUGUAGAAGUGUUGUAUGGCUUACCUGUGAAUGGUGAUCCAGUACUUGGUGAUGAGUCGAUAAGGACCAUAGGGGAUUGGCAAAAUAUUUGUCAAAGAUUGUUAGGUUUUAUUCCACAUCCUCAAGACUUCAACCGUAGUAGCCUCAAGGUAACUGCACUUAAUGCACAUAUGCUCGAGCAACUACAGUUACCUGACUUGGCAACACAAGAUAUGAUCAAUCAAAUGGCUAAAUGUUACAUGUUUUGGAUGAUUGCUGGUAUGAUGAUGGCAGAUACAUCUGGCAACUAUUUAAAGCUUAUGUUCCUUCCCAUGCUCGAGGAUCUCAGUGUAGUUAGCUCUUAUAGUUGGGGUAUUGCAACCUUAGCGUGCUUGUAUCGCUUUCUCUGUAAGGCCUCACAGAAUAACCAAAACGAGAUAACUGGAUUUCUACCACUACUCCAGGUAUACUUAAUAACUACAUCAAUUAUUUAUAAAUAUUUCCACAAAAGAACACAAAAUAAUUUUCUUGCUGGUUUACCUAGGGAUCCACGUGCUACUAGAUGGUUUGCACAUUUUAGUUGGACUGAUACCACUAAGCAUGUGUUGAAAGUUUUUAGGGAUGCACUUGAUUCCAUGACAGAGGAUCAGUUUAUUUGGGAACCAUAUUCGAAUGACUUAACUGAGAAUCUUCCUGACUAUUGUCGAAUUGGACGAGACAUAUGGCGUGUUAGAGCUCCAAUUUUUUGUUGGGAUGUCGUCGAGGUUCACUUGCCUGAUCGAGUUAUGAGACAAUUUGGAUUGAAACAAACGAUACCAACUCCAUUUCUAUUUGACGCCACACAUUUUCACCAUGAUCGUAGGGGCAGACCAAAUACAAAUUGGAAGUUGGAGCAUGCACAAUAGUUGCCUUUUUGGAACCAACGGCUUCAAUAUAUUUGUGAUGCCCCGUUCAAUCGUGAACCACUUCGAUAUGAUGACCCUUACCUUAUUUGGUUCAGACGCAUUACUCGUCUUGUUAUCGGUAAUCCUACUCAGCGUCCUCAACAACAAGAAGGUUAUGUACCAAAUUCAACGGCAUAUGAAACAAUAACCAUAUUAAUAAGUUGCACCGUUGAUGUUUGUCCUGUACUUCACACUUGCCUAUCAAUAACAUGUGCAGAUUUAUUAAUAGCUGACUCUGGCGCUUCAGUAAUAGCCAAAUCUAUUGAUUUUAGAGUUAUAACAUCCCCUUAUACAUCAACACCCAAUCC